AUGGCCACUAAACGCACACGUCGCCGCCAGAAAGGCUAUGCUACUGAGUCAGAAGACGAAGAAGCCGUUGAGACUUUACUAGACUUUAUGCCAGGACCAACUCUGCCCGCUGUCCCCAUUGCAAACUCUUGGAAUUACGGCGCAACCACAGGGACAGGUCUCCCUCGAAAGAUGGCUUUGCAGCCUGCCCUGGAUGCCAACCGAGUGGCCAAGAGAAUCAACGCCGGCCUUGAUAUGGCAGAAAAACGAUCAGCCAGCCCUCCUUCGAGGAGGAUCACGCACAGCAAUCUUGAGCCCAUUGGGACUCGAAUUCGAAAAACCGCUGCCAAAAAUGGGGGCCCCGUUCCGCGGCAACCCACUCCGGACCAGACCCAGCUGAUGCAUACGCUACAAGAUGCAACUAAUUCUCCGCCUGGAUCUGAUGCUACACUUUCACCCCCCGUCGCACAAACAGUCUCCACAGACUCCAGUCCCCCCGUUGACCCGCCUUUACUACGACGGCUAUCAGACUCAACGAAUGAGCCUUUGUACCCGUCACCACUCAAACGACGUGGGAACCACAAUACUGAUGCUAUUGUGCGAAGCUCACCCGAUCGACAGAGCUCGGUUGAUAAUGCCUCCGAGGUGUCGUGGAGUCUAGAACGCGAUAUUCAUGAAGACGACUUACAACGAACGAGACCAAGCAAAUAUCGAGGAGAGCCCCAUGGCCAAAAUAUCACCAAACCACCUCGACGCCCAUCGGGUUUGUCCAUGAUCCAAGAUACGAUUCUGGAGGAAGAUGAAGAACAAUCGGAGCUGCUCUCUCAACCGGCGAAAAGGAUCGAUACCGUGCGCGAGCCGGCAAAUCCACGCUUGUCGGAAGAAUGGGAGGCGCCGGUACGGACCAUCAUUCCACAAGAAUAUGAAUCAAGAGCCGUCUCAGGGAGUUCUCCUCGCAGAGAUAGUCUGGCUCAGCAGAUUUGGUCUUCGAUGUCAUCGCAACAAUCUGGAACUCGGACGAAUAAACUGUUUACAUCCCCACGACGGAGCAAGUGGCUUCGAGCAUUGCUCAUCCUACUUAUCCCUCUGGGCCUGUUCUAUGCUUUCCAGUACCAGGACGAGAUUCUCCAAAUUUUCCCGGGUGACAAUCUGGCCAGAAUCCGCUGGUCCUUACCGUUUGGAAGAUCACCGAUAGACUUCUCGUCCAAUAUGACGGACUCUGCAGCCUUCCACGGUCUGCAAAAGAAAGUGACGAAUAUGGACUCGCAAUUCUCGUCUCUAUCGCGCGAACUCGGUUCAAUACGGUCAGAGCUCGCUCAAUCUCCGCGAACUACUAGCAUUGUAAAUCCCGGCCGGCCUGAUAAGCCGGUGCCAAAGAUCAAUUUCCUGUCGCCGGGAAUGGGGGCAGUCGUUAGUCCGAAAAAGACUUCUCCAUCUGCUGGCCGGAAGCUGGAUUGGAUUCAGAAAUUCUACCAGUACAUACCCUUCUUCAGGUCCGAGUAUGGUUCCCGGACUCCGCCCCCUCCCGUGACUGCCUUGGAGCCCUGGAGUGAUGUCGGAGACUGCUGGUGCGGUACUCACGAUGGCGUCUCUCAGCUGGCCGUUAUUCUCCAACACCCUAUCGUACCGGAAGAAUUUGUGGUUGAGAACAUUCCCUUCGCCGCAACCCCUAACCCAUAUACUGCACCCAAGGACAUUGAAGUCUGGGCUCAUUAUGCAGUGUUUCCUUCCUCGGACCAGAAGGUGGAUGAAAUAUCAGAGUCAUCGUUCACGUGGAGUGACGUCAAUCCCUGGAAGGGCGAGACACCAGAAGGGAAUGAGUUGGGCUACGUGGAAAAAGCCUCCGUCGUGACUGAGGAGACUCUUCCUCUGGUGGUGAUGAGCACCCUGCGUAUAGCCAAUAAGGAUAUACCCGAGGAUGAGUACUCGGGUGAUGCCAAUUUGGGUCCGAACUUUUACCGCAUCGGCAAGAUGAUGUACGACCUUUAUGCCGAGGACUAUAUACAGCAUUUCUCGUUUGAAAGCACCAUCGAGAUCCCCAAUCUUCGUGUGGAUCAGGUCGUGUUCCGAAUGACGUCGAAUUGGGGCUCGAAUCAGACGUGCAUCUACCGAUUCAAGCUUCAUGGGCAUGUGUAG